UUUGCAGAUCGCCGAGUCCAUCCUCUCCCCUGACUGCAGCCAGCAAUGCACGUGCCGCUCCGCAGGCGGCAUGCAAUGCAAACCAGCCGGCUGCCCAUUGGGCCAAGUUUGCACCGUGCACGACGGCGUCCGAGCGUGCAAACAACAACCGGGUCGUUGCACCGUCAUCCCGUCGUCGCGUCUCAGCUCCUUCGACGGCAGCAAAGGGGGCAAGAUGGCGGCGGGGACCUACGUCAUGGCGUCGGUUUGUGACCCCCCACAUGGAGGAGACCACCCACAUGGAGACCACCCACAUGGAGACCCCCCUCAUAGAGACCACCCCCAUAGAGACCACCCCCAUAGAGACCACCCACAUGGAGACCCCCGCCAUAGAGACCACCCACAUGGAGACCACCCACAUGGAGGAGACCACCCACAUGGAGACCACCCACAUGGAGACCACCCCCCCCAUGGAGACCACCCACAUGGAGGAGACCCCCCCCGUUGGUUCCGGCUGCUGGGGGACGUUGCAGAGGAUGAGGAGGGUCGAGCGUUGGUGUUUGCUUUGCAUCUCUACAGCCCAGCUGCAGCCGUCAGCGUCAGGAGGGACGGGAAGCUGUGGGUCAAUGGGGUCCCAGCCCCCAUCCCAUCCCAGCUCUCCCCCAAUCUCUCCAUCCGCCGAUCCCAAAGCUGGAUCUCCGUGACCCUAAAUCCCCACCUGGAGGUGACCCUAAACCCUAAAGGGGAAAUGACGGUGACGGUGACCAUGGAACCCAAUGGGGAACUUUGUGGGGUCUGCGGGGACUACGAUGGAGACCCCAAUAACGACCUACGGGGUCCGGAUGGGAAACUGGUGUUGGAUUAUGGGGCCAUGGCCAAGGCAUGGAGGGCACCCGACUUCACCCCG